GACCGGCAUUCGCUCCUUACGAGCCGGACUGAGAGGUGCGUUGUCCGCGACAGUCGGUGAUUUCCCUUUCUUUGAGAAAAACAACCGAUUAAGCCACGAAAUGUCUUCCGAAGACGUGGAUCAUGAGAAGAGGAAGCAGAUCUCGGUGCGCGGGAUCGUCGACGUCUCGAAUGUCACCAACUUCAAGAAGACUUUCAACAGGCACUUGCACUACACCCUGGUGAAGGACCGGAAUGUCGCGACGAACCGCGACUACUUCAUGGCCUUGGCCCACAGCGUCAAGGACAAUCUCGUCUCGAGAUGGAUUCGCACCCAGCAGUACUAUUAUGAGAAAGACCCCAAAAGGGUUUACUACCUAUCCCUGGAGUACUACAUGGGCAGGACCCUGCAAAAUACCAUGAUUAAUCUGGGGAUCCAAGGAACCUGUGACGAAGCUUUGUAUCAGAUGGGUCUGAACAUCGAGGAGCUCGAGGAACUCGAAGAGGACGCAGGACUUGGAAAUGGAGGUUUGGGCAGACUGGCUGCCUGUUUCCUGGACAGCAUGGCGACCCUUGGCUUGCCGGCUUAUGGUUAUGGGAUUCGGUAUGAAUAUGGAAUCUUCGCCCAGAAGAUUAAGAACGGGGAACAGGUCGAGGAACCCGACGAUUGGCUGAGAUAUGGAAAUCCCUGGGAAAAGGCCCGACCCGAAUUCAUGCUUCCGGUCAAUUUCUACGGCAACGUCGUCGACACCCCCGAGGGAAAGAAAUGGCAGAACACUCAUGUCGUGUUCGCCAUGCCUUAUGAUAGUCCCAUUCCUGGAUACAAGAACAACGUGGUGAACACGCUGAGACUGUGGUCGGCCAAAUCGCCGAUCGAGUUUAACUUUAAGUUCUUCAACGAUGGAGACUACAUUCAGGCAGUCAUAGACCGUAACUUGGCAGAGAGCAUCACCCGGGUGCUGUACCCCAACGACAACUUCUUCGAGGGAAAGGAGCUACGACUCAAGCAGGAGUACUUCAUGGUCGCGGCCACCUUGCAGGAUAUCAUUCGGCGUUACAAGUCCAGCAAGUUUGGCUCGAAGGAACAUCACAGAACGGAUUUCGAGGCCUUCCCGGACAAAGUCGCCAUCCAGCUCAACGACACGCAUCCCUCUUUGGCCAUUCCUGAGCUCAUGAGGAUCUUCGUCGACAUCGAAGGCCUUCCUUGGGAAAAGGCGUGGGAUCUUACAGUGAGAACGUGCGCUUACACGAACCACACGGUUCUUCCUGAGGCCCUGGAACGCUGGCCAACGAGCAUGUUGGGGUACAUUCUGCCCAGACAUUUGCAGAUCAUUUACGACAUCAAUCAUUUCCACCUCGAGGAAGUGAAGGCCAAGUAUCCAGGGGACCUCGAUCGCCUCCGCCGGAUGUCGCUCAUAGAAGAAGACGGGGAGAAGCGAGUGAACAUGGCCCAUCUCUCCAUCGUCGGAAGCCACGCCAUAAACGGAGUUGCGCGUAUCCAUUCCGAGAUCCUGAAGGCCACGGUAUUCCGCGAUUUCUACGAGCUGAGCCCGGAAAAGUUCCAGAAUAAAACGAACGGGAUCACUCCUAGGAGGUGGCUGCUCCUUUGCAACCCGAAUCUCUCGGAUCUUAUCGAGCAGACAAUAGGAGAUGAAUGGACGGUUCACCUGGAGCAGCUUCAGCUGCUGAAGAAGUUCGCCAAGGAUCCCGCGUUCCAGCGGAGCAUCAUCAAAGUGAAGCAGGAAAACAAGAUGCGAGUCGCCGAAAUGCUGGAAGAGGAGUACGGUGUUAAAAUUAACCCGGCGUCGAUUUUCGACAUCCAGGUGAAGCGCAUCCACGAGUACAAACGGCAGCUACUGAACUGCCUGCACAUCAUAACUCUGUACAACAGAAUCAAGAGGGAUCCCUCUGCUCCGGUUGUUCCCAGAACAAUCAUGAUCGGCGGCAAGGCCGCGCCAGGUUAUCUCCUCGCCAAGAAGAUCAUUAAGCUGAUCUGCAGCGUAGCUAAUGUCGUCAACAACGACCCGAUAGUGGGCGACAAGCUGAAGGUGAUCUUCAUAGAGAAUUACAGAGUGACCCUGGCGGAGAAGAUCAUUCCCGCGGCUGACCUCAGCCAGCAAAUAUCCACCGCUGGUACCGAAGCGUCUGGAACUGGAAACAUGAAGUUCAUGUUGAACGGCGCCCUCACCAUCGGUACCCUAGACGGCGCCAACGUGGAGAUGGCCGAAGAGAUGGGCGAGGAGAACAUCUUCAUCUUCGGCAUGACCGUGGACGAGGUGGAGGAGCUCAAAAAAAAGGGUUACAACGCCUACGAUUACUACAACAGAUUGCCGGAGGCCAAACAGUGCAUAGACCAGAUCCAAGGAGGGUUCUUCAGCCCGAACAACCCUGACGAGUUCAAGGACAUCGCCGAUGUCCUCCUCAAGUGGGAUAGAUUCUUCCUCCUGGCGGACUACGAGAGUUAUAUCAAAACGCAGGAACGAGUCAGCCAGGUCUACCAGGACGAGAACAAGUGGGUGGAGAUGACGAUCCACAACAUAGCGUCUUCUGGGAAGUUCUCGUCGGACCGGACGAUCGAAGAGUACGCCCGCGAGAUCUGGGACGUCGAGCCGACCUGGGAGCGACUUCCGGAACCUCACGAACCCCGCGACGUCUAGGAAGUCGGAAAAGGCCUCGAGGUUAUUCUAGAAGGAAAGCCGAUGACGCGCUAAUGCCACGCAGAUCAAUUUCUCAAAGGUGCUUACGAGAGAGUUCGCAUCUCGUCCAACUAAUCGCAGACUGCUCCGUCCUAGAGAUGUCGUCGAGCCCACCCUGGACUGCCGGUUUUUGUUGUUACAUUCGAACGCGGCAGCCAACGAUUAGUAAUUAUUUCUAACAGAAGCGAGGUAGAGAGCCUCCUCGAGCGCCUUUCCCUAGAGUCGUUUGUUCGAAUGGCAGUGCUCUCGAUACGACGAAUGUAUAUUUUUUAUUCCUAUGCAUCAUUUCCCACGGAUACUUCUAGUCUAGGUAGAGUUUCCCGAUGACCACAGGACUGAUUAGGAACUUUUGUGUCGCGUGUGUUCAUGCGUUUAAGGCGAUAUGAAAGGGUCAUUCUACAUACACACAAAGCCUGAAAAUAUUUUUUAAACCUUUCCGCAAAAGCUGGUGAUUUCAUCAAUCAUUUGAAACUUUCACCGAGAAAGUUAAACGAAAGUUAAACGGAGAUUAAGAAACAAAAAUUGGCAGGACCAUCCACUCUGUACCUUCGGUAUAUAUAUAUAUAUAAAAAAAUAAAGGAUAAGGAUAACUCGUCCCUUAUCACUCGAGUGCGCGGUCGCAAA